AUGGGCUCAAGUUCCGAAAACAUAGCAGAAAGUAGUACGCAACCCAAAUUCAGCAGCUCCAUGGACGUCACUUCCGGACGCGUUUCAUCAGGAAGCACACCAGCCAACUUUGCAAGUACAAUGGACGACACAUCCAAAGGCAUUACAUCUGGAAGUACGCAAACCACAUUCACCAGCUCCAUGGAUGUCACUUCCGGACGCGUUUCAUCUGGAAGCACACAACCCAACUUUGCAAGUUCAAUGGGCGACACAUCCAAAGGCAUUACAUCUGGAAGUACGCAAAACACAUUCACCAGCUCCAUGGAUGUCACAUCCGGACGCGUUUCAUCAGGAAGUACACAACCCAACUUUUCAAGUACAAUGGGUGACACAUCCAAAGGCAUUACAUCUGGAAGUACGCAGCACAAAUUCACCAGCUCCAUGGACGUCACUUCCGGACGCGUUUCAUCAGGAAGCACACCAGCCAACUUUGCAAGUACAAUGGGCGACACAUCCAAAGGCAUUACAUCUGGAAGUACGCAGCACAAAUUCACCAGCUCCAUGGACGUCACUUCCGGACGAGUUUCAUCUGGAAGCACACAACCCAACUUUGCAAGUUCAAUGGGCGACACAUCCAAAAGCAUUACAUCUGGAAGUACGCAGCACAAAUUCACCAGCUCCAUGGACGUCACUUCCGGGCGAGUUUCAUCAGGGAGCACACCAGCCAAUAUUGCAAGUUCAAUGGGCGACACAUCCAAAGGCAUUACAUCUGGAAGUACGCAAACCACAUUCACCAGCUCCAUGGAUGUCACUUCCGGACGCGUUUCAUCAGGAAGUACACAACCCAACUUUGCAAGUACAAUGGGUGACACAUCCAAAGGCAUUACAACUGGAAGUACGCAGCACAAAUUCACCAGCUCCAUGGACGUCACCUCCGGACGCGUUUCAUCUGGGAGCACACCAACCCAACUUUGCAAGUUCAAUGGGCGACACAUCCAAAGGCAUUACAUCUGGAAGUACGCAAAACACAUUCACCAGCUCCAUGGAUGUCACAUCCGGACGCGUUUCAUCAGGAAGUACACAACCCAACUUUUCAAGUACAAUGGGUGA